UCUGUGCUCAUCCAUUUCCAGUGUCCACCACACGUCUCCCUCCCUUCGCGCGUAGGCCUCCGGUUUCAUCUUCCUCGCUGCCCCUUUCCGAUUCAAAACUCCACCCCCUUCUCCCCUCUUCUCCUCUCCCCAACCCCCAAAACCCUACCAUGUCCUCCUCUACCGACGCCAUGGCGUCGCCUUGCUCCCAUGAUCAAUUCGACGAACCAGACCGUGAGAGGGUGCUGAACUACGUUUUCCAGGCGGCCUCCGACGACGAGCUCUCCAUCUUCAAGGAGCUGGUCAUGAUAAUACUGGACAAUGGCAGGGGCCGCCCCAAGGAAGCGAUUGAGGAAUUGAGGGUGGAAGAUGUCGGGCAGCUUGAAGGUUUCAGUGCGCUGCACAUUGCGGCCAGUAAAGGGAGUCUGGGGGUGUGCAGGUACCUCGUCGAGGAGCUGCUGGUAGAUGUGGAUCUGGUCGACAAGGAAGGUCCAUCUAUCUUCAGAACCCUAAUCUAUUGGUUUAGGACCCUGCGCACACAUUCAGUCUAGGUUUUGUCAAAUUGUAUGAAGUGCUAUUUUACAUGCUGGAAUUAUUGUUCACAAGGGUUGCUUGAUCUGUACUCCCUCCAUCCGCGAAUAAGUGAACAUCUACCUUUUGUUCUAGUCAAAGUUUUAAAAUUUUGACCAACUUUAUAGAAAAGAAUAGUAGCAUGUAUGACAUCUAAUUGAUAUAUUAUGGAAGUACAUUUCAAAACGAAUCUAGCGAUACUAAUUUAGUGCCAUAAAUGCUGCUACUUUUUUCUAUAAAGUUGGUCAAAGUUUUAAAACUUUGACUUAGGACAAAACCUAGAUGUACACUUAUUUGCGGACGGAGGGAGUAAGUCUCAUGAUAUCUGACUGUUUUUUGCUUUCUCUGGGUUUGGCAUAGAGGUGCAUUAUGAUAAUCCAGCUUUUUGAACCAGCUUUCGCCGCGGCUCCAAGCUCAGCACAACACAGUCCAGCAACCGUAAACAGAGCCUAAGAUUAUCUACGUCAGUAUGAACCAAUGUAUCAUAACCACCAAUAUUUAUCUCACAAAAUUAAAUUAUGAUUUAUCAUAUUCUGUUGUGCUAACUCAUGAUCAUGCAGCUUUAUAUGAAAUGAAUCUGUCUUUUUAAGGGAAGAAAUUAGUCGGGCUUAAUUAUGAUACUGAAUGUGAAUACCCUACAUAACACCCGCAAAAAAAAACCCUACAUAAGCAUCGCUGAUAUAAAUAAUUAAAUAGGCUACUCUUUGAGGGCAAAUUCUUUAUUUUAGGAUAGUUUGGUUGUUUAAUUAUUGCACAUAUGUAUGCACUCCAACUCUGAGGAUGCAUUUGAUUCUUCUAUUCGGGUAGCCUAAUAUCUAAUUUUCAUGUGUCAGUUCCAUUUAACCAAUACUCUCUCGAGCAUUAUGAAAAUCCUGCUUCAUAUUAUAUCUAAUUCGAUGGGUCUACUUUGUGUGUCUUGGGGAGCCAUAUCUAAAUUCCAUGCUCUCAGAGAAGACAGAGCAGUGUUAGGAAACUUCUGUGGUAGAACACCUCUCUUGUUUGCAACAUACCACAAUGGGGGUACUGCCGAAUAUCUUCUUGAUCAUGGCGCUAAUCAAGACAAAGCUGAUCACGAUGGGUCUUCCCUGUUACAUUAUGCCGCUGAAUUAGGCAAUUGUGAAAUGGUAGAGCUUUUGCUUGCAAAAGGAGCUUAUGUUGACCCGGUAUCUGCUUAUGGAACACCACUUCAUGUUGCUGCUGGUAAAGGGCAUUAUGGUGCUAUGAAGAUUUUACUGGACCACAAUGCAGAUUACAACAAGAUGGUAAAUGGCGUGACACCUCUUAUUGUUGCUACAGAUGCCAAGUCAAUGAAAUGUAUCAAGCUCCUAGUUAAGGCUGGUGCCAAUCUCAAGGAAGCUGCAGCAUAUACAACUCUCCACGCGGAAAAAGUGGUUUCAGAUUACUUUCUCAAUUGCAUAAUGGAGGACGUUGAUGCCAACCGUGAUGUUCCUUUUUAUCAGGGGCCUAUGCUUAAACGGGAAAUCGUGACAUCAGGGCUUAUAUCACGAGGGAGCAACUCUUUAAAGAACAAGGAUUAUGUUGUCGCAGCAAAAUUGUACAGUAAGGCAAUGGUGCUUGAUCCUGAUGAUGCAGUCUUGUUCUCAGACAGGAGCCUUUGUUGGCUUCAACUGGGUGAUGGAAAAAAGGCUUUGCUAGAUGCUAAUAGAUGCAGAAAAAUGCGGCCUCACUGGCCAAAAGCUUGUCACCGGCAGGGUGAAGCUCGGAUGCUACUGAAGGACUACGAGGGCGCAAGUGAACAGUUCUUGGAUGGACUCAAGCUGGACCCAGUGGACACUGAUAUCGAGGCUGCAUUACGGGAAGCUAUGAAGUCCCUGAAGACGUCUCGGAGCAUGAAAGCCAAUUGACUAUUUGGGUGUUGCAGGGAAGCAGUUGAAGGCUUGAAACGGGGCAGGAGUUUCUCCUUUUGCGCAAAGACUGUUUUCCUUUAGAAAGUAAAAAACGACAUGUCUGAUGGAGUAUUACCGUGGCAUGACUGUUGAUGCAUGCAGUAGCAAUACCCGGUGGAAACUCUCCAGUUGCCAUCUAUCGUGUAUUACAGGCCCUUGUCUCAGGUUUCUGGGCCUUCUACGAGGCUCACUCGUCUGCCUCUCUGGGUGCGGGGUCAACUGAAUGAUCGCAGCCUCCGCAUUCGUCU